UCUACAGGAUAUUUUGUGUCGCGCUUCACCGUUUGGUUCCCAUUUCAAGUUUUCGCGCUAAAAGUUCAUCUUCCUUUCUUCUCUGAAAUUCAACGCUUCUCUCGUUCCUUCUUCAAUUUCUCGAGCAAUUUCUGUUAGUUAUUUUAAUUCGACCCUUGGACAUUUAUGGUAAUAUCCGACAACUGAAAUGAGAUGCAAUGCAUGCUGGCGAGAAUUAGAAGGGCGAGCCAUUUCCACAACCUGUGGUCACCUGUUAUGCACAGAUGAUGCCAAUAAGAUAUUAAGCAAUGAUGGAGCAUGUCCUAUAUGUGAUCAAGUCCUUUCUAAGAGUCUCAUGAAACCUGUGGAUGUCAAUCCCAAUGAUGAAUGGGUCAAUAUGGCCAUGGCAGGAGUAUCUCCACAGAUAUUAAUGAAAAGUGCAUAUAGAAGUGUGAUGUUCUACAUUGGGCAAAAAGAACUGGAGAUGCAGUUUAAGAUGAACAAGAUCGUUGCUCAAUGCCGGCAGAAAUGUGAAAUGAUGCAAGAGAAGUUUACAGAAAAACUAGAGCAGGUGCACACUGCUUACCAAAAGAUGGCUAAGAAGUGUCAGAUUAUGCAACAGGAAAUUGAGAGCUUAACCAAGGACAAUCAAGAACUUCAGGAAAAAUUUGCUGAAAAAUCUAGGCAGAAGAGAAAAUUGGAUGAAAUGUAUGACCAGCUGAGGAAUGAGUUUGACUCAGUGAAGCGAUCUGCCAUACAGCCUGCAAACAACUAUUAUUCCAGAAAUGAGCACGACUUGUUCUCUAACCCGCCAAACAUGAUUGAUGACAGAGAAAUUGGCAGAAAAGGUGGGCCGGUAUUCACUCCUGCCACUCCAGGACCAAGAGAUGAUGUCUGGCCAGCAAGGCAGAAUAGCAAUAACUCCGGUCCCUUUGAUCUCUCCGUUGUCUCACCAGCAAAACAAACGGCCAUCGCAGGGGACGCUGGUAACAGAAGGGCUGGUGCUCAUCCUUUUGGACCAGGUGCUACUAAUAAUCCAUCCAUGACUUUGAGGAACAUGAUACUAUCUCCAAUAAAGAGGCCUCAACUCUCACGUAACCGCCCUCAGUUAUUCACGUAAGGAUUAAACUCAACUCUGCUAAUUUACUCCUGCUGUACAUUCUUAAUCUUGUUAUAUUUUGUUGUUUCAGAUUGUAGGCUCAAAGGAGGCCAACCUUCUGUAAUACCAGUUAAGCUUUUUACUUUGGUUCUGGCUUUAGUUUCCUUUGUCAGGAAAAAGGAAUCUGGUGUUGGCACAAAUCAAUUCGUGGUCUGCAUAACGUGCUAUGAUAUUUUAAACUUCUCUCUCUAGUUCUGACCUUCAAACUCUUAUAGAUGUAGAGCUGCUAACAUGAACACUUUAUAUAUCAUGUAAGUUCCCUAGUUUCAAUCUGUAGAUGCAUAUUUUCCCAACGUAUUGUGGUGUGGUUGGAGGACACUCAAAAGUGAAUACACUUGAAAUCUGUAGAUGCCUUCUUUUUUGCCUUUCAAUUUUGCGUCCAAUUUCAUGGUUUAAUAAACUAUUGAAAUGGAGAAUUAUUAAUAUGGACAUUUUGAGCUUUCAAAAAAGCUGUGUUCACAUGGUGAGAGAGACUUGCAUGCCACAUGGAAACGUGAACUUGUGUCGAUCUAUAUCCGUGUUCAGCAGGCAAUUUUGUUUCCCGUUA